AUGAAAUCAUUCUUAAACAAACUUCUUCCUUCCUUUCUCGCAAGAAAAUUAUGCAAAUUAACUCCGAAAUACUACUCCAGUUCACCUCUUCCACAAAACAGCUGCGUAAACAACAUCAAGACAACCAAAACAUUCGACGAUUACGAACGUGCCCUCGUCCAAGCAUUGAAAUCAUCUUCUUCCCUUUCUUCUCCGCUCCUUUACGGCCAGCAUCUCCAUUGUCAUAGCCUCAAGAAAGGACUUGACUCCAAUAUCUUUAUACGUAAUAGCUUGAUCAGUUUGUAUGCCAAGUUUGGUUCUAUAAACGAUGCAGAAUCCAUGUUUGUCUCUGGGUUUCAAUCCGAUCGCGUUUCUUGUAACAUUAUGCUUGCUGGUUAUGUGAAUUGUUGUCGUUUAAAUGACGCCCGCCAAUUGUUUGAUAAAAUGUCUGGGAGGAACAGCGUAUCUUUUACCACGAUGAUAAUGGGGUUGGCUAAACAUGGGUUUUGGGGAGAAGCAAUCCAUGUAUUUAAGGAAAUGAAGUCGUUAGGUUUGGCUCCCAAUGAAGUGACAUUGUCGAGUGUACUGUCAUCUUAUUCACAUUUUUCUGGGGUUAAAAACAGUCAAAUUCUUCAUGCAUUGGUUGCUAAAUCCGGCCUUGAAAAUUCUAAUCUUGUUUUAACUAAUUUGGUUCAUCUGUAUUGCAGCUGUUCAUCUUUGGGUGAUGCCAGAAUUUUGUUUGAUGAAAUGUCAGAGAGAAAUAUAGUUUCGUGGAAUGUAAUGUUGAAUGGGUACUCAAAGGCUAGGAUGGCUGGAAUGGCACGAGACCUGUUCGACAAAAUGCCUGAAAGAGAUGUAGUUUCUUGGGGCACCAUCAUCGAAUGUGUUUUACAUGUUGAAAAUCUGAACCCAGCUUUGAAAUUAUAUCGAGAAAUGCUAAAUACUGGGAUAUCUCCUAACGAUGUCAUGGUGGUGGAUAUAAUCUCAGUUUGUGGCCAAGAAACAGCCUUUUCCGAAGGCCAACUGUUUCAUGGUGUAAGUGUAAAACUAGGGUUUGACUCUCACGACUUUAUCCAAUCAACCAUUAUCCACUUCUAUGCAGCUUGUGGCAACAUCACCCUUGCUGAAACUCAAUUCCAAAUAGGAAGCAAAAACAAUCCAUCUUCAUGGAACGCUCUAAUAUCAGGCUUAGUAAAAAACAAAAUGAUUAAAUCCGCACGCCAACUGUUCGACAAAAUGCCCAAAAGAGAUGUUUUCUCAUGGACCUCAAUGAUUUCCGGAUACUCCCAAAUGAACCAACAUGACAUGGCUUUAGACCUUUUCCAUAAGAUGAUAUCAAGUGGCAUUAAACCAAACGAAGUAACAAUGGUAAGCAUGCUCUCAUCCGUUGCUAAUCUAGGCAGUUUACAAGAUGGAAAAUGGGGUCAUGAAUACAUAAUCACAAAUUCAAUCCCUAUGAAUGACAAUCUAAGCGCAUCCAUCAUCGACAUGUACGCCAAAUGUGGGAACAUCAAGAACGCAUUACAAAUCUUCAAUCAAGUUAAAACCAAAGUUUCCACCAUUUCACCAUGGAACGCGAUUAUAUGUGGUUUAGCCAUGCAUGGACAUGCAAGAUUAUCUCUAAAGCUCUUUUGGGAGUUAGAGACAUAUAAAUAUAAUGAUGUUAUAAAGAUUAACUCAAUCACAUUUAUUGGGGUGUUAAGUGCAUGUUGUCAUGGUGGAUUGGUGAAAGAAGGGGAGAGGUAUUUUGAAAGGAUGAAAAGUGUGUAUAAUAUAGAGGCGAAUAUGAAGCAUUAUGGGUGUAUGGUGGAUCUUUUGGGUAGAGCAGGGAGAUUAGAGGAAGCUGAGGAGGUGAUAAAGAGUAUGCCUAUGAAGGCAGAUGUGGUGAUAUGGGGGACAUUGUUGGCAGCUGCUAGAAUUUAUAAUGAUGUUGAAAUGGGAGAAAGGGCAGCUGAAAAUUUGGCAAAAGCUGAGCCUUUACAUGGUCCAGGUAGGAUUUUGUUGUCAAAUAUUUAUGUAGAUGCAGGGCGUUUGGAUGAUGCUGCUUUUGUAAGACGAGAAAUGAAAACCCGAGGAUUGACCAGGUCACCAGGUUAUAGCAGUAUAUCUUAA